AUGGCAAGUACUACAGGUGUCUCCGGUGCACUUAUUCUAGAAGUUCUUAACCGUAAUAACUAUAAAAAGUGGAGAUUGCGGGUAGAAACUUAUUUGUUGGCUGAAGAUCUAUGGGAGGUUGUCGAAACAAUCAGGGAACCCGCUGCAAAUCUUGAAGAUGAUGAAUCCGAAUACAAGGCUUGGAAAAGAAAGAAUGCCAAGGCUUUAUACGCAAUCCAAAAUUCAUGCGGGCCGGAGAUGUUUCACUUCAUAAGCGAAACAAAAAUGGCCAAAAGUGCCUGGGAGACUUUGGAAAAAGACAAUUUUCACAAAAACUUGGCAGGGCAUGUUGAGAACAGUGCCGAAAACUUCGAGCCCUACGUGCCGUUCACCGAAUUUGUGAGCGAAGGUGAUUGGGAUAAGGCAAAGGAGUGCCUUAAACUCAAAGAACUAGAUCUCCACAGCGCCAUAAGAGCAAUUGAUCCAAGAGACGGGUUUGGAAACACAGCCAUUCACGUAGCAGCCAGGAAUGGGCACGUGAAUAUCGUGAAAGAGUUGGUGCUGUUGAUGACCCAUGAAGAUUUGAAAAUGAAAAACGCUAAAGGUUCCACAGCUCUUCAUUUAGCAGCAAGGAAUGGGCAUCUGCAUACUGUGAAAGAGUUAGUGUUGUUGAUGGGAGAAGAACUAAACAGCAUUGGUAACACAGCUCUUCACUCAGCAGUCCUUGGAGAGAAGGUGGACAUUGUGAAAGAGUUGGUGCGGUUUAUGAGACAAAAAGACUUGAAAAGAAAAAACAACAAUGGUGACACAGCUCUUCACCUAGCAGUCAAGAAGGGAAAUGUGCCUAUAGUGAAAGAUUUAGCGGCGUUGGUGGGAGAAGUGAGAGGCCCUGAUGGUGACACUGCUCUUCAUAUAGCAGUCAAGAUGGGGGCUACAAAAAUUGUGAAAGAGUUGGUGUCGUUGAUGAGAAGGGAAGAUUUGUCAAUAAAAAAUGAUGAAGGCUACACAGCUUUUCACCUAGCAGUAAAGAAGGGUAAUGUGCCUACUGUGAAAGAGUUCAUGACAAAAGAAAAAGAGCGCAAUUUUAAUAGCUAUACUCAGUUCAUCACUUAUGUGGCAAAUGGUGAUUGGGAUAAUGCAAAGGAGUACCUUAAGGAUGAUCCCUGUGACGCAAUAACGAUAGUGGAUCCAAGAGACGGAUAUGGAAACACUGCUCUUCAUGUAGCUGCUAGAAAAGGGCAUGUGCAUAUUGUGAAAGAAUGGAUAUCGUUGUUGAAGGUGAGAAAAGAAAAUUUGCAAUUGAAAACCGUAGAAGAUUUCGCAACUUUUGGUUCUAGUAUAAAUUUAGGGGUGACUGAAGAAGUUCUCAUGGAAAGGGCCAAAUAUAUGGUUGAACAGUACGAGAAAACACCUACCACCAUUUUGGAUGUACAAAAUGCACAAGGUUCCACAGCCCUUCACAUAGCAGUAUCAAAGGGUAAUUUAGAUAUUGUCAGAGAGUUGGUGCCAUUAAUGAGAGAAGAAGAUUUAGAGAUAAAAGAUGUUAAAGGAUGCACAGCUCUUCACAAUGCAGUCAAGAAGGGUUAUAUUGAUAUUGUGAAAGAGUUGGUGCCAAAGAUGAGACACGAAGGUGUGGAAUUAAAAAUAGACGAGGGCUACAAUGCACUUCACCUUGCAGUCAUGUGGGGGCAUAUGAAUAUUGCGAAAGAGGUGAUGCCAUUUAUGAGAAAAGAAGCUUUGGAAGAAAAAGACGGCGGAGGUUAUACAGCUUUAGGCCGUGCGUUAGAUGAACUCAAGGAUAAGGACGUGAUGGAAAUAGCCAAGUACAUGGCUGAAAACAACAAUAAAGUAUUUGGCAUCAAGGUGGCUCCUUUGAACUGGAUUCCAGUUGUCGACUGUUUCUGUAAGGGAAAAUCCCAUUUGUGUCCCUAUCUCUAUUCUGUUACUCCGCUUGAAUAUCUAAUGCCCGAGCGCGGUCCGGAUGGCGCGUACUUGAUUAUCCGGUGCUUUAGAGUGAAGCAGUUUGGUAAGAGUCUCAACAACUGUAUUUAUGCCAAUUUGCAUUCCUUUUUUAUAAAUUAA